AUGUCUACCCAAAUCCCUCCCGGCGCUUCUUACCGCGCUCCGAAAGCCAUGGUUAUAGCCAGGAGACACUUACAGCACCUUGAAGACCCAGUACGGAUCCAGUUCAAACAAGAGUGGAAAAGGGGAAACCCGCUCUUUGAUUGGUACCAAAGGCGCACUCAUAAAAUCGUUGACAAGCUCGAACUUCGAAAGGAGCAUGAAGCACCAUUCUAUCAUGAGUUUGUUGUUUUUAGACUGGAAGAAGAAGGCGGCUACUUUCGUAUUGACCGCCGCCAGAGCAAUCCCCUCGAUUUUCUUUAUCAGAGUGGAAUUGAGGCAUAUGAUACCAUUGAGGAAGUGUCAAUUGGCAUACAUCUUUCGGUCAUUUUACGAACAUGCUGGGCGAUACAAAUGCAUCCGUCGGCAUGGGCGUACACGCCUCAACUCUACAACUCCUACUUCCUUGCCCAGACAAUCCUCAUGUGUACCGCCCGCAGCGUGUGCGACGAAGGCACGUUUGACCGGAUCAGAGACAUAUUCCGUUUCUCGUACGAUUGGGAGAAUGUUUUCACCCGCUUCCGUGAACACGACAAGGACCUCCACGUGUGGGGAAUCAUGCACGAUGAAUACUGCUGUAGUCACACUUGUUACGGCGAUAUUGCACCGCCACCUUACGCACGCGACGAUCACGCUGACAACGUGCUUAGCCUUGAGACCUGGAAAGCCAGUUUCAAAUUUCGUGCUCACCCACGCCUACCUAUAUGGGCAUCUAACCUACUUUUAAACUUUCAGCGAGCUCUGGUGAAAUUUUGGCAAGAUGAAUUCUUGAGUUUGGUAGGGGUCGCGGUGCCUGAGCCCGACCAGACAAUAAAACAUAUAUGGAUUCAGGCCGGCGGGAAAGAAAACAAGCAGGACCGGCUCGAGCAGAUGUUCGAGUCCAGAACAUAUUUGAGGAGACUAAUGUGGGGACGAUGGUGUUACGAACAUCUCCAACCGAUCGCUACGAAGAUAGAGCCAAUGAUGCGACAAGCACUAAGGUCCCAGAUUGUUAAGAAGUGGCCUGGGGUUAUGCUCCAAUUCUUCGACAACGAGUUUGAGCAUUUAAAUUCGUCACUUAAGAGUCAGGUUUUAAAGGUUUGGAAUGCUCACCUCGAGAUUGAUGCAUGCCCGAUCACGGAAGAUGUCAUUGAGGGACGGCGGCUUCCUUCAAUGGAAAUUCAGAUAUUUGAACACCCUGACUCUUCUGAUGGUCAGCCAGUGACGUUAGCUCAAUUAGAAAAUUGUCGCGAAGAGCUCAUCGAUAGCCACGCGCGUCGAGUAGCCGACUCUAAUUACGGAGAUUUUGAAGAGGUGCGAUCGAACAUAAGGACAGCAAGCGACGACGUUUGGAUGUCAGUCAAGAAAGACAAGGGCUGUGCCUAUUGCUAUGGGCUACACGAGUCAGAGCUCAGUCUGAGCACAAGGCCAGCAGAGGAACCAAAAACCAGAUUUGACGACGCCCCUAUCUGGUGUGCAUCAGUAGAGCAAUGUAUUGCUGAAGCCCGCAUCUCCGUCGAUAUAUAG